UUUUAUCUGCAUACUGUGUCCGGUUCUACCGGGGGAUGCUAACGGAAUAACGACCACAGUCAUGCGUUCAUCAACUUACGAAAAAUAAACAUUGCAACGGUGUCAUUCCGUUCAUAAUAGUAAUAUUUGAUGAAAUACCGUGUGGAAUAAGCAGCUAUAUUUGACAUUUUGGGAGAUUUGACUACUGCACCUACACAGCAGACGACCACCAUGGCAGACAGUUUUAUGGGCAAGGCGGCUACCAUGGAGAUUCCUAUCAACAGCAAUGGAGAGACCCUGGCUGAGGAUGACAGUUUGGAGCAGGCUGCAAAGAUUCAGUGGACCUUAGAUGAGAAGGACCUGCAGCAGGUGAUGGUGUCUGGUCCCAACCUGAAUGAGACCAGUAUCGUGUCUGGAGGCUACGGAGGACCUGCAGGGGGCAUCAUACCCACCUCCUCCAUCAAAGGCCCCGCUAUCCACUUCAACCCUCAGUAUGUGGACAGGAGACGUCCCCCUGCCCUUAACUGUGCCCUUGUCCCUGGAGCCGAACCUCAGCCCACAGACCUGCGAAUGAAGUCCAGGGCACAGGGUGUAGGUCUGGUCCCCAGCCAGUCAGCAGCCAGCAGGAUAGCCAACCAGAACCAGACCGACCAGCCAUUCACAGGGUCGGGGAUGCACCACAGUAACAGCAACCAGAACAUGUCAGUGGAGGAGGCUAACCGUGGUGUGGCUGUGGAGAAACUAGACAGCGUUAAGAAGUGGGGCAUCAACACCUACAAGUGUACCAAGCAGAUGUUCUCUGAGCGGUUCGGCCGUGGUUCUCGGACGGUGGACCUGGAGCUGGAGGCCCAGAUAGACGUGCUCAGGGACACCAAGAGAAAGUACGAGUCUGUCCUGAGACUGACCAGCGCCCUGACCAGCCACUUCUACAACCUGGUCCAGACCCAGCAGGCCCUGGGGGACACCUUCGCGGACCUCAGCCAGAAAUCACCUGAACUACGGGAUGAGUUUGGCUACAACGCGGAGACCCAGAAGUUGUUGUGUAGGAAUGGGGAGGCUCUUCUUGGAGCCAUCAACUUUUUUGUGUCCAGCAUCAAUACACUGGUUAACAAGACAAUGGAGGACACACUGAUGACCAUCAAACUGUACGAGGCUGCAAGGCUGGAGUUUGAUGCGUACAGGGCCGACCUGGAGGAGUUGAGUCUGGGUCCUCGUGAUGCUGCCACCAUGGUGCGUAUUGAGGCGUCCCAGCAGCAGUACCAGGUGCAGAGAGACAAGUACGAACGGCUGCGCUCAGACGUCACCAUCAAACUCAAGUUCCUGGAAGAGAACAAGGUAAAGGUGAUGCACAAGCAGCUGCUGCUCUUCCAUAAUGCUAUCUCAGCCUACUUCGCUGGGAACCAGCAGCAGUUGGAACAGACACUGAGACAGUUCAACGUCAAGUUAAAGCCCCCAGGGUCAGACAAGCCCUCCUGGCUGGAGGAGAGCUAGAGUGAUCAGCUCCCAGUCUCCUGGGCUUGUAUGUAUCGAGCAUCUCAGAGUACUAGUACUGAUCUCGGAUCAGUUUUGCCUUUUAGAUAAUUAUGAAUCAGAUUAUAUGGAUAGGCAGGACUUGAUCCUAGAUCAGCACUCCUACUCUGAGAUGCUUGAUACAUUUGGCCCCAGGUCUCAGUCAGGUCUCUGGUAUAUUAGGGACACAGAUGGAGAGACACACUGGGGUUGGAAGACACAAGAGGAAUGGAUGGAUGAGUAGACGGAUGAACAUAUAUAUGAAACCUACACAAACUGUAUAUACAAACCAGAGAUGGGACAAGUAGAGACUAGUGAUGAUCAUACUAAGGGGAAAAGAACGCAGUUCUUACAUUUAGUUUUGCCAAUACAUUGCUCAUUUGUUUAUAGAAUGUCCAUUUUAUGUUGAUUUGUUGUGUUAAUAAUUAUUCUCAACAGAGCGUCAUUAUGUUGUUGCUAUGUAGCGUAACUUUUAAUUUAUCAUACUUUGAGAAGUUAUUCUAAGAUUAUAGUUUACACAUAAAUGUAAUCAUUAUUUUCAAAUUGUUUUCGCUCUUUUGUAAAGCAUUAUGUAAAGCAUUCCAGAGGUCAUAAUUUGAAAGGUCAGUAAACUGUUUACAUAUGUAGAGGAUAUUAAGAAUAGGCUAUGUAUCUGGACCAGUUACAUUGUUUGUACCUGGUGACGAUUAGAGGUAUAUUUAUUAAUGAGCAAAGGCAGAAAGAAGCCUACAGUCUGUGGUAUACUAUUGAUGACAGAAGUUAUGGGAUAAAGGGGCAAUCUUGGAUUUGUAAAAACAAAAAGCAGUCAACAAUCAAUGGCUAUAUAUCAUGAAUUUAAAAGUCAAAAAAUUAAUUUGUACCAAUCCCAGAUUGCCCCUUUGUCUACCAAUAAUUUUGAGGACAGGAAAUACAACUUUUGCAUUUACAAUAAUCUCCCUCUGAUUAAUCCUGUAUAUCAUUUAAUUACACAUGUAUUGUCUUUAACAUAUCCAAUAUCUCAAUAAUCAAAUAGAGUUAACAUUUGUUCAUAAAAAUACCUUGACUUGGGCCUCCCGAGUGGCACUGCAUCGCAGUGCUUGAGGUGUCACUUACAGACCCGGGUUCGUUCCCAGGCUGUGUCACAACCGGCCGUAACCAGGAGACCCAUAGGGCGGCGCGCAAUUGUCCUAGCGUCGUCCGGGUUAGGGGAGGGUUUGGCCGGAACGGAUGUAUGUCUCAUCUCGCACUAGCGACUCCUGUGGCGGGGCAGGCGCAGUGCACGCUGACACGGUUGCCAGGUGCACAGUGUUUCCUCCUACACAUUGGUGCAGCUGGGUUCCGGGUUAAUUGGGCAUUGGGUCAAAAAGCAGUGCGGCUUGGUUGGGUUGUGUUUCGGCGGACGCACGGCCCUCGACCUUCGCCUCUCCCGAGUCCGUUGGGGAGUUGCAGCGAUGAGACAAGAUCGCAAUUGGAUGUCACGAAACUGAUUCCAUUUAAAUGUAAAUGUUCUCUUUUGGUUUUUCUUUUGUUUUCUCUCACAUUUCCACAUCAAUGUUGUGUCUUGUUCUAAAACAGAUAUGGACCUGGUGUACAGUAUAUUAAAUGGUGGUGUACAGUAUAUGGUUUGGUAUUUCCAUAGAGAAGGUUUCCCCACAGAAGCUGUACAGUAAUAACAAUCCGUCCACCUGCUGUCCACUGAAUAUGUUGUUGUAGGCAUCAUCUGUAUAAGUACUGUACCAUAUUGUGUUCAUACAUUACAUGGCAAUACAAUCCAAAACAUGGCUGAAAAAUGA